AUGGUAAAUGCAAGAAGGAAUCGAAGAAAGGACAAAUGUGAAUAUUAUCCAAAACUCUGGGUUAUCGCCAAUGUUCUUUGCAUUUUCUUUCUUUUUCUUUUUUUUCAUACUGAUCAAGCGACACCCUAUUCCGUCUUUUCUCGUGUUCGUAUUCCGUCUUUUCUCGUGUUCGUAUUCCGUCUUUUCUCGUUUUCGUAUUCCGUCUUUUCUUGUGUUCGUAUUCCGUCUUUUCUUGUGUUAGUAUUCCGUCUUUUCUCGUGUUCGUAUUCCGUCUUUUCUCGUUUUCGUAUUCCGUCUUUUCUCGUGUUCGUAUUCCUUCUUUUCUUGUUCUUUUCUAGUGUUAGUAUUCCUUCUUUUCUCCUGUUGGUAUUCCGGCUAUUCUCGUUUUCGUAUUCCGUCUUUUCUCGUGUUCGUAUUCCGGCUAUUCUCGUUUUCGUAUUCCGUCUUUUCUCGUGUUCGCAUUCCGUCUUUUCUAGUGUUCGUAUUCCUUCUUUUCUCGUGUUCGUAUUCCGUCUUUUCUCCUGUUCGUAUUUCGUCUUUUCUCCUGUUCGUAUUCCAUCUUUUCUAGUGUUCGUAUUCCUUCUUUUCUCCUGUUCGUAUUCCGUCUUUUCUCCUGUUCGUAUUCCGGCUAUUCUCGUGUUCGUAUUCCGUCUUUUCUCCUGUUCGUAUUCCGUCUUUUCUUGUGUUCGUAUUCCGGCUAUUCUCGUUUUCGUAUUCCGUCUUUUCUCGUGUUCGUAUUCCGUCUUUUCUCGUUGUUCGUAUUCCUUCUUUUCUCGUGUUCGUAUUCCGUCUUUUCUCCUGUUCGUAUUCCGUCUUUUCUCCUGUUCGUAUUCCGUCUUUUCAUGUGUUAGUAUUCCGUCUUUUCGCGUGUUCGUAUUCCGGCUAUUCUCGUUUUCGUAUUCCGUCUUUUCUCGUGUUCGUAUUCCGUCUUUUCUCGUGUUCGUAUUCCGUCUUUUCUCGUGUUCGUAUUCCGUCUUUUCAUGUGUUAGUAUUCCGUCUUUUCGCGUGUUCUGUUCGUAUUCCUUCUUUUCUCCUGUUCGUAUUCCGUCUUUUCUCCUGUUCGUAUUCCGUCUUUUCUCCUGUUCGUAUUCCGUCUUUUCAUACGUUAGUAUUCCGUCUUUUCGCGUGUUCUGUUCGUAUUCCUUCUUUUCUCGUGUUCGUAUUCCGUCUUUUCUCCUGUUCGUAUUCAGUCUUUUCUCGUGUUCGUAUUCCGUCUUUUCUCCUGUUCGUAUUCCGUCUUUUCAUGUGUUAGUAUUCCGUCUUUUCUCGUGUUCGUAUUCCGGCUAUUCUCGUUUUCGUAUUCCGUCUUUUCUCGUGUUCGUAUUCCGUCUUUUCUUGUGUUCGUAUUCCGUCUUUCCUUGUGUUAGUAUUCCGUCUUUUCUCGUGUUCGUAUUCCGGCUAUUCUCGUUUUCGUAUUCCUUCUUUUCUCGUGUUCGUAUUCCGUCUUUUCUCGUGUUCGUAUUCCGUCUUUUCUUGUGUUCGUAUUCCGUCUUUUCUCCUGUUCGUAUUCCGUCUUUUCUCCUGUUCGUUUUCCAUCUUUUCUCGUUUGUAUUAAACUAG